AUGUGCUGUAGAAUUUGUCCGACCAUCUGUAAGUCGCAUGGCUGCACCGCUGAGGGUCUCUGCUGCCACAGCGAGUGCUUGGGCAACUGCUCAGAGCCGGACGACCCCACCAAGUGCGUGGCCUGUCGCAACUUCUACCUGGACGGCAGGUGCGUGGAGACCUGCCCUCCCCCUUACUACCACUUCCAAGACUGGCGCUGCGUGAACUUCAGCUUCUGCCAGGACCUGCACAACAAAUGCAAGAACUCUCGGAGGCAAGGCUGCCACCAGUAUGUCAUUCACAACAACAAGUGCAUCCCCGAGUGCCCCUCUGGCUACACGAUGAAUUCCAGCAACUUGAUGUGUACCCCUUGCCUGGGCCCCUGUCCCAAGGUAUGCCACCUCCUGGAAGGUGAGAAGACCAUUGAUUCAGUGACAUCUGCCCAGGAGCUCCGAGGCUGCACCAUCAUCAACGGAAGCUUAAUCAUCAACAUUCGAGGGGGCAGUGAGUGCUCUGGGGGGAGGGCUUGCCGCCUCCUGGGAUCCACUCUCCCUGUGAGCACACCAGAACAAUGCUUGGAGACCCAUCAGUGGAGUCAUGCAAGGAACAAUGUGCUUCCAAACUUGGGGUUCACAGCUCAGUCCUGGACCCAUCACAAUAUUGUAAUUAGCUUCCAAUGAAAAUAAAUAAAUUUUUAAAAAUGGA